AUGAGGAUCAGUUUGUCCGGCGGGGGAUUCCAGGAAUACGCUGGUCAAAUCGGGGGUUUCAGCCAUGAGAGCGAGCAUGACCUGGCUGUCAUGGUUAGCGAUUUUAUGGAGAAUGGGAGCGGAGGGAGCUUGUCCUGGUGUAGCAGUGACAGCGAUUCGGUCGUCCCUGACCUCCAACAUCUUUCGGAGAAGAUUUUGGUGGGUAUUCUCUCCAUGUUCCUCAACAUCCUUUUUUCCAUAGGGUUUUACCUCUCCUCGGUAGUUAUACUUGCUUCCAGAUAAUUUUAACUGUCAAUAACAUUCAUUUCCAAAACUUAUACAGUUGACCAAUCGUCUUAAACAACGAAGGGAAUCUACUCGCCAUAUCUGCAACCACAUUCGGAAUAGAUUCUUUAGAUUUUGGUUAGACGUUGAAAGUGAUUUAUCCGAAGAUGAUGUUGUAUCGCUUCAGUUUCAUCUUUCUCAAUGGAAGAAAAGAACCCAUGUAUGGCGCAUUAUUUUCCUGAUUUACAUAUAAUUCUUGUUCCCUUGCCAUUCCAGAUCGGCGUUAUAUUCUUCUAAGAUCCAAUUUUAAUGCAGCAGACUUAAAAUUAGCGGAAAUGAAUGCUACUCGGGAAUUGAGUAAAUUAAAGUUUUUUUUUUCAAGUUUAGCCAAAUUUUGGGUGACGUAAAUCUUAUGUAUGUUUUCAACGAAUUUUAGAAAAUCAUGCACAUCCUUGUCUCGGGGGAUUCAUGCAUUCCUCUAGUGUUUCUGGAACUAUUCAGAAAUUACUGUUUUCUUUAAAAUCCCAUUUGUGUGAUCUAGUCCUUUUCUCUAUCAUUCUCUUUCUGGCUGAUAGCUCUAAAUGGUCCAUCUCGUGAAAAUUUUGGUUUUAGUUGAUCGUGUCUCAUGUUAAGAAAGGUCUAAUAGAGUAGGCAUCAUUUGUACGCUUCUGUAAUAGUAUUUUAUUUUAUUUCACAGCUUUCGUGCUAAACAUGUUGACGUUCUGUGUACUGACGACUUAAAUUAUUAGGCAUGAUUUGGAUUUAAAGUUGAAGAGUUCACAUUAUUAUUAAUCUGUGAAUUUUUUUCUGCAAAGAAUCGCGACUGUCUUUGGCCCAUUUCUUGCUAAAAAAAAUAUCGAUUGUUCGUGGGUGCUCUUACACAGUUUGGUUUCAUCAAAUGACGCCAUAUCCAUCUAGGUUAUUGAAGUAUUUCUGGUUCUCUCGAGUUUUAGCCUUCUGGCAGUGGUGCAUGCCCCGUGCGCUACACUCAUAUUAUCUACAUUCCUGGAAAUCACAUCUUACUCUCAUAUUCUGUGGAGGAUCUGCACUUAUUGGUAACGCAAAUACUUUCCCUCAUUGCCCCUUCUUCUGGAUUGCAGUUCCUAAGGCACACAGUUGAUCAAUACGAAUGUGAUCUAUCGUCAGUCGUCCGUUCUCUUGUGCUUUCUCUCAGUGAAGCUGAUCUUCACGUUGACAAGGAUCGCCCAUGCAAUGCAAGCUGCAUCCGGAGGUCCUUGGUUAAGCUCCUGAGAGUCUGCGGUUAUGAUGCUGCUAUCUGCAUCUCCAAAUGGCAGGGUUCUGGAAAAGUUCCUGGAGGUAUGCAAAUUUCAUAUCUAAUUUAUACAUUCACGCACAUUCAUUGAAUAUAAUCUGAAAUUUGGAUUUAAAUUCAACAAUAUCUAAUUGGCUCUGUAAUUUCUCCAGGGGAGCAUGAAUACAUUGAUGUGGUCAACUGUGGCGCCACUGGGUCUGAGCGAAUGAUCAUCGAUAUUGAUUUCCGCAGCCACUUUGAAAUAGCUAGGGCGAUUGAUUCUUAUGACGCAAUAUUGAAAUCCCUUCCAGUCGUAUACACGGGCUACUGGCCGAAGCUCAAGCAGUUGCUCCAAGUCAUGGCCGAGGCAGCGAAGAGCUCUCUCAUGCAGAAUUCAAUGCCUGUUCCUCCAUGGCGCUCUCUUGGGUAUCUUCAAGCAAAGUGGCAGUCUGACUCUGAGAGAAUACCCAGCCCAAAUUAUGCCAGCGGUCGGAGGAUCACUCAUUGCAGAAAUAAUCAGUGCUUUGGGCACUUGAGGCGUCUGAAGUCGUCUCUUCAGAGUGAAAUCGAGAAGGAACGGCUGCUGAAGCCCAUACCAAACGGUCCCAACAGGAGGAUGAAGGGCGAGAGGCGCAGGCACAGAUCCUUGCUCAGCAUAAACUUAUAG